AUGAAUUAAACAACACCAAAAUCCUCAGGAAUCAAUUAUGCAAGUAAGUGUUUCCCUACAUUAAGAGUUAAGAAAAUAGAAAUCAAAGGAAACUACCAUUCCCAAAUCUAUGAGCAAUAAUUUGAAGUUUGAUAUUCAAUAAAAUUAUUAAUAUGGCAUACUUAAACAUAGAAGUACUUCAUAACAUAAUAUUAAUGAAAAUGUUUAAUCAUAACAGCAGAUCUAAUUAUUUGAAUAAUAUUUCAAUUAAUCCAAACAUUUAUUACCAUUCAUAGAAUUUGUAACUAAAUAAAUAUAAUAUCAUACUUAACCAAUUCAAGUAUAUUAUUUAACUUUCAUAGAUUAAUACAAAUAUUUUUAAAAAUGGAUAAAGAAGAUGGGAAGAUGAAAGAAGAAGAAUCCUAAAUGAUUUAAAUCAAUAUAAAGAAGAUAAUUGUUUAUUACAAUCUGAAAUUCAUGAAUUGAAAAGAUAGAAAAAUACACUUUCUAAACAAUGUGAAAAUAUGCAAGUGAUAAUUGUAUAAGAAAGACUAGGAAAAUAGUAAAAACAUCAUCAUUUCUAUAAAUUCCAAGAAUUAACCAAGAAUAUUCAUGUUCCUACAUAAGAAACCAUCUCAUCACUAACUGACGAAAGGGUAACUUCAAUAAAUAUUUGAGUUCGAAAGCAAUGAAACAUCUUUAGACUCUUCUUUAUCAAAUGAUGAUUCUCAUCAUCCUAAUAAAUUAUUUGAAUUGUUAAAGAAUGGAAAACAUAGGUAUUAGUUUUCUAAGAAACUUAAUUGA